UGCGUCUUCUUGGUGCUUGGCUUUGCGUCUGACACCUCACAGGGUCGAAGGGGACCACACACUGGCUGCUUCGAGAUGUAUCAAACGACAGGAAGGCUGCUGCUCCCUCUUGCCGCUGUCUCGAUGAUGUCGUUGCCCAGCUGCACCAGAGCUUUCGUGGUCCGAACUCGACCAGUUUGCGCGGCUUUGGCCGGUCGAGCUACAUCAACCAGCAGCCGGCAUCCACCUCGCAGAGCUAGGAGCUCACCAAGGAUGGAGCUAGCUGUGGAUAUCACAGCAGUCGCAGAGGUGGCAGAGAAGACACCGGCCAAUAAGCUGCUGUACGCGCCGCCCAAGUUCACGCCGACACCUUACGAGUAUCUGGAAGAGCUAACAGUCCGGAUUGAGAGCCUGACCAACUUGGGAGAGGGCAUCGCGAGGGAGGGUGAAACGGGCUGGGUGGUGAUGGUUCCCCACGUCAUCCCGGGGGAGCUGGUGAAGUGCAAGGUCUUCCGGAAUCACGCCAACUACUCCGAGGCCACCUUGGUGUCGGUGGAGGAGCCGUCGCCGGAUAGGGUGGAGCCGAAUUGCCCGCUUUUCGGCAUGUGCGGGGGCUGCCAGUACCAACACAUGUCCGUGUCGAUGCAGCGGGACUGGAAGAAUCAGCAGGUGAUGGACUGCCUGACUCGCAUCGGGGGUAUGGUGGAUCCGGCAGUGAAGGACACGUUUGGAACGGACGAGACGUACGGGUACCGUUCUAAGCUCACGCCUCACUAUGACGCGCCGUAUCAGGGCCGGGUUCGAGAGAUAGGUUUCAAAAAGGUGAAGUUUCCCACCAUUUACCACGGCGUGGACCUCGGGAACGUGAAUCCCAGCAAGGUGGUAGACGUGGAACGGUGUCCCCUUGCCACCGAGGGCAUCAACGAGUCUUUGCCGCCAGCUCGGCAGGAAGCCCGAGAACGCGUGCAAGCGGCGUUCGACUCCGGCGACGGCAAGCGGGUGGGGAAGCGAGGGGCCACCCUGCUGUUCAGAGAGACCACGGAGGAAGGGACGGUGACGGACAACAACGCGCACGUCUCGGAACGUGUCGGCGGGAUGGUGUUCAACUUCAAGGCGGGCGAAUUUUUCCAAAAUAACCCGUACGUGCUACCGCACAUGGUGGACUACGUGGUAGCGAGAGCUAAGGAAGGAGGUGCCAAGAACCUGAUCGAUGCCUACUGCGGUGGCGGAUUGUUCUGCCUUUCGGCUAGCACCUCCUUCGAGAAGUGUGCCGGGAUCGAGAUCAGCCCCAUGGCGGUCGACUGCGCCACGCGCAACGCUGCUACCAACGAUAUCUCGAACUGCCUGUUCUUGGCGGGGACAGCAUCCAACAUCUUCGCCAACGUCUCGUUCACGCCAAGCGAGACUGUGGUCAUCGUCGAUCCUCCCAGGAAAGGGUGUGAUCAGCUAUUCUUGGGGCAGCUGUUCAAAUUCCGACCGACUAGGCUGGUUUACGUCAGCUGCGACCCCGCCACCCAGGCUCGAGACGCCAAGGAGAUAAUGGCCAACGGGUACGAAGCGGUGGACAUCCAGCCGUUCGAUCUCUUCCCCCAGACUCGGCACAUCGAGAACGUCAUCACCUUCCAGGACAACCGGAAACGAGAUUAGACUCCGAAGAUUACCAAUUUUCGGACAAGAUUGUCAAACUUGACGCCUUUGGGGGGGAUUGAAGCGCGUUCUUGUGGGUUGUUUCUGUCUUCACAAUUAAAACCGUUCCUUUGUUUAAUCCGUGGCAUGUGUGUGUGUGUGUGUAAUUUUUUUUUUAGGUUAUGCUUCGUGAUUGGCUGAAGCUCUCUCGCUCGUGUUGCUCCUCUUCGAGGAUGUGGGAUGCUUUUGGAAAGAACGGGAGUCGAUGAUGGCGAGCAGAAUAAGUCAGCCAGCAUCCCUGAACACCUUGAGG